CGGCUUCCGGAGCUGCUCUCGCGCGCCGGAGGAGGCCAAGUCAUGGACCGCAAUCCCUCUCCGCCGCUGCGGAGUCGGGAGGAGGAGGAGGAGGAGGAGGAGGCGGCCGUGGGGGACUGCAUAGGCAGCACGGUCUACAGCAAGCACUGGCUCUUCGGCGUCCUCACCGGGCUCAUGCAGAUUGUUAGCCCUGAAAACUCCAAAUCCAGCUCAGAUCAUGAGGAGCAGCAGAUGGAGCUUGAUGAAGAAAUGGAGAAUGAAAUUUGCAGAGUGUGGGAUAUGUCAAUGGAUGAGGAUGUGGCUUUGUUUCUCCACGAAUUUAAUGUUCCUGACAUAUUUAUGGGAAUAUUGGCCAAAUCCGAAUGUCCUCGAUUAAGAGAAAUCUGUGUGGGAAUUUUAGGUAAUAUGGCCUGUUUCCAGGAGAUAUGUGUGUCCAUCAGCAGUGAUAAAAAUCUUGGACAGGUACUAUUGUACUGUUUGUGUGAUUCAGACCCUCCUACUCUGCUGGAAACAAGCAGGUUGUUGCUUACUUGCCUUUCCCAGACAGAAGUGGCCAUUGUCUGGGUUGAAAGAAUCCGAGAACAUCCAGCUAUUUAUGAUAGCAUUUGCUUCAUCAUGUCAAGUUCAACAAAUGUUGACUUGCUGGUGAAGGUCGGGGAGGUUGUGGACAAGCUCUUUGAUUUGGAUGAGAAGCUAAUGUUGGAAUGGAUUAGAAAUGGGGCUGUUCAGCCUCUGGACCAACCCCAGGAAGAUUCUGAACAGCAGCCAGUGUUUCGAAUUGUGCCCUGUGUACUUGAAGCUGCCAAACAAGUACGUUCUGAAAAUCCAGAAGGGCUCGAUGUUUACAUGCAUAUCUUACAGCUGCUGACUACAGUGGAUGAUGGAAUUCAAGCAAUUGUACGGUGUCCUGAUGCUGGAAAAGACACUUGGAAUUUACUUUUUGACCUGGUGUGCCAUGAAUUCUGCCAGUCUGAUGAUCCACCCAUCAUACUUCAAGAACAGAAAACAGUGCUAGCCUCUGUUUUUUCAGUGUUGUCCGCCAUCUAUGCCUCACAGGCUGAAGAGGAGUAUCUAAAGAUAGGAAAAGUAGGUCUUCCUCUAAUUGACAGCCUGAUUCGUGUCUUACAAAAUAUGAAACAUUGUCAGAAGAAACCAGAGAACUCAGCAGAGUCUAACACAGAAGAAACUAAAAAGUCUGAUUUAACCCAGGGUGACUUCCACUUGAAAAUCUUGAAGGAUAUUUCAUGUGAAUUUCUGUCUAAUAUUUUCCAAGUUUUAACAAAGGAGACUGUAGCUCAGGGACUAAAGGAGGGCCAAUUAAGCAAACGGAAGUGUUCCUGUGCAUUUGAAAACCUUCUUCCUCUCUAUAACCCUGUGGUAGAAGACUUCCUCAAAAUCCUACGUGAAGUUGAUAAGACCCUUGCUGGCAACCUGGAGGAAAGCUUCCCAAGUUUGAAGGUUCAGACUUAAAAACUAUUGGAAUUCCUCUGCUGAAGAAAUGAACUCUAUUUUCCUUGCUGACAGUUGAAAUUGACAAACAGGAAAUAUUAGACCAUAAUUGUUCGGUAUUAUACUCAUGCCCUUCUCCUCCAGCAUUUUUGUUUGGCAUUGGAAUCUAGUUUCACUACUAUCAAACAUCAUCUCCCCCCACCCCGCUUCUUUUUUGUAUUGGUUGUGCAGUGUUUUGUCUUCUUCAGGUAAAGAAGACAAAAUACAAGCUUAUCAUUGAGGUUCUUUUUUUAAUAUUUGAGGCGUUGGUGAGGAUUUUCUUUGUAACUCUUAAUUUGAUUUUUUAAUUUGAUUUUUUUGAAAGUAUCCCUACUGAAAAGAAUUGAACUAUAAAAUUAAAAUCGUACCGAUUAAACUCUAAUUGGUAGGUUUACUUUACGUGUAUUUGUAUGUCUUUGGUGAUGACCUUAUCCACAGGUUGAACGUGACUUUAAUGUGAGCUUUCAAAGGCACCGAUGAAAUCACUCCUACCUGCUAGCCAGUGCUAAAAAUUCCACUCUUGUUAUCUCUUGAAGCUUAAGGUUAAGAUACAAAUAACCCCAUAAGAGUAACACUCCAAGUUAUUGUCAUGUUUACCUCAGUGCAUAAAUUCACAUUCUGUUUUCCUGAGAGCACAUUCUAAAAGGGGGAGCACAAGGAUCUUGAGUUUCUGAGCAAGAGUGCCUCGCAGAGUGGGUAAGUUACAGAGGGAGAAAAAGGAUACAUCAUGGGGAGGCUAGGGAUGUCCAGGUUAUUUUCUACUUCCCACUUCUGUCUUGAACCUGCCUUAUUUACUUGUUACUUCUUGCUAUUGUAACAUUAUGAGGUGGUACAUAUUUUCAUAGUACUUUGAUAUGUUUGAAAACUUCCUAAAUCUAUGAAUUAUAAUAAAUAGUUUUUUUUUAAAAA